CAACAGAAGCCUAUGCCAACAUGAGAAACAUAUAACAUAUUAUUUGAUUCCAGUCAUGUGAUAAUCCUAUCACAAAAUAUAUGGCUUUCCAAUGUAAUCCUAUCUCUAAUUAAUACACACCACCAGAAAUUUGUUUUCAAUUAAUUAAUUCAGCCAAAUAGAAAUUGAUUCAUAUGACAAGUAUUAAAUAUUUUUGAAAUAAAACUUUUUUACCUUGCCUUAUAGUGGAUGUAGCUUCAAUGGGGACAGUGAAACCAUUUAAAAUAUCACCAACAACUCUCACUCAUAGAGCUUUGUUCUCAAUCUCAUGUUGGAACAUUCCUUCAUCAUUGUCCUUUUAUUCAUAUGCUGUUUCUUUUACCCUCUCAACAACCUGCAGGGCUAAGUCUUGCAUACAGGCCAACCACCUCUCCAAAACACUAGAAGAAGAAGCAAUGGAGAGUAGUACAUCACACCUGAUACGAUUCCCUUUGUUGAAGAUAGAUACUGAUACUACCGAUUACAAAGCAUGCACCAUUCCUUGGAGAUUACCUUCUGAUGAUCCAAGUAUCCCCACUCCCACUGAGUUAUCUUGGAUUAAUCUCCUAUACAGUGGUAUCCCCUCCUUCAAGAAGCGUGCUGAGACUGAUACUUCUGUUCCUGAUGCUGCAAAUAAAGCUGAAAUUUUUGCUCAAAGGUAUGCUAAAAUACUUGAAGAUUUGAAGAAAGAUCCUGCAAGUCAAGGCUACCCUCUUGAUAUCCUUCUUCUAUGCAGACUUCGUGAGCAAGUCCUUAGAGAACUUGGAUUCAGAGAUAUCUUCAAGAAAGUCAAGGAUGAAGAAAAUGCAAAGGCCAUCACCCUAUUUGAGAAUGUUGUUCAGCUUAAUGAUGCCAUCAAAGAUGAAGGCAAGCGCCUUGAAAAUUUAGUUAGAGGAAUUUUUGCAGGGAACAUAUUUGAUCUUGGUUCUCCCCAACUUGCUGAAGCUUUCUCUAGGGAUGGAAUGUCGUUUUCGGUUACUUGUGAAAAUAUUCUCCCUCGACCUUGGAUUAUUGAUGACCUUGACACUUUCAAAAUGAGAUGGAGCAAGAAGUCCUGGAAGAAGGUUGUCAUAUUUGUUGAUAACUCUGGUGCAGAUAUUAUUUUGGGUAUUUUGCCACUUGCAAGGGAGCUCCUUCAGCGUGGGAGUCAGGUUGUUUUGGCUGCUAAUGACUUACCUUCUAUCAAUGACGUGACUUACUCUGAGCUAAUUGAAAUUAUAUCAAAGUUAAAGGACGAAGAAGGACGUCUCUUGGGUGUCAGUACUUCAAAUCUUUUAAUUGCCAACUCUGGAAAUGAUUUACCUGUUAUUGAUCUUGCAAAGGUGUCACAAGAGCUUGCUUGCCUAGCCAGUGAUGCGGAUCUUGUCAUUUUAGAAGGGAUGGGUCGUGGUAUAGAAACAAAUCUCGAUGCUCAUUUUAAAUGUGAUUCUAUCAAGAUUGCAAUGGUGAAACAUCCUGAAGUUGCUGAAUUUCUUGGGUCACGGAUGUACGACUGUGUAAUCAAAUACAAUGAAGUUUAGAGCUUAUAGUUGAGACUGAUUCCUUUAAAGAUAGAAUUUUCAUUUAAGAGUUUGUUCUCCAAUACUAUUUGAUCGUCUACAGAGUAAUUUUUUAAUUGGAAAGCUGAGAAUUUCAUGUGCCAUUGAGAAUUAAGAAUUUAAUAUAUGUUGUCUUAGGAACAAGAGGAUUCUUGAAUGAGUAUGAGUUGUGUGUAUUUCUUCAUUCUUUUGAUGAAUUUGUUUGAUUA